AUGGAGUCAGCAGGAGCAGGUGUCCCUGGAAUAGGGGUGGAGGAGCGCUGCUCCACAAGGAUGCUCCACCAUCUCGGCGCUGCCAUAGACUGCGUUGUCCAAACCAUGGAGCGCUGGGAGAGACAGGGAGUUCCUCCAGCGCCUCCACCAGCACAACCAGGGUCUCCACUACUCGUCCCCCCUUCACCCGGUCCCAGAGGGGAUUCGUCCCGCCCUUCACCCGGUCCCAGAGGGAUUCGUCCCCCCUUCACCCGGUCCCAGAGGGGAUUCGUCCCCCCUUCACCCGGUCCCAGAGGGGAUUCGUCCCCCCUUCACCCGGUCCCAGAGGGAUUCGUCCCCCUUCACCCGGUCCUAGAGGGAUUCGUCCCCCUUCACCCGGUCCCAGAGGGAUUCGUCCCCCCUUCACCCGGUCCCAGAGGGAUUCGUCCGCCCUUCACCCGGUCCCAGAGGGAUUCGUCCCCCUUCACCCGGUCCCAGAGGGAUUCGUCCCCCCUUCACCCGGUCCCAGAGGGAUUCGUCCCCCCUUCACCCGGUCCCAGAGGGAUUCAUCCCCCUUCACCCGGUCCCAGAGGGAUUCGUCCCUCCUUCACCCGGUCCCAGAGGGAUUCGUCCCCCUUCACCCGGUCCCAGAGGGGAUUCGUCCCCCCUUCACCCGGUCCCAGAGGGAUUCGUCCCCCUUCACCCGGUCCCAGAGGGAUUCGUCCCCCUUCACCCGGUCCCAGAGGGAUUCGUCCCCCAUUCACCCGGUCCCAGAGGGAUUCGUCCCCCUUCACCCGGUCCCAGAGGGAUUCGUCCCCCUUCACCCGGUCCCAGAGGGAUUCGUCCCCCUUUCACCCGGUCCCAGAGGGAUUCGUCCCCCCUUCACCCGGUCCCAGAGGGAUUCGUCCCCCCGUCACCCGGUCCCAGAGGGGAUUCGUCCCCCCUUCACCCGGUCCCAGAGGGGAUUCGUCCCCCCUUCACCCGGUCCCAGAGGGAUUCGUCCCCCCUUCACCCGGUCCCAGAGGGGAUUCGUCCCGCCUUCACCCGGUCCCAGAGGGGAUUCGUCCCCCCUUCACCCGGUCCCAGAGGGAUUCGUCCCCCCUUCACCCGGUCCCAGAGGGGCUUCGUCCCCCUUCACCCGGUCCCAGAGGGGAUUCGUCCCCCUUCACCCGGUCCCAGAGGGAUUCGUCCCCCUUCACCCGGUCCCAGAGGGACUCGUCCCCCCUUCACCCGGUCCCAGAGGGGAUUCGUCCCCCUUCACCCGGUCCCAGAGGGAUUCGUCCCCCUUCACCCGGUCCCAGAGGGAUUCGUCCCCCCUUCACCCGGUCCCAGAGGGAUUCGUCCCCCUUCACCCGGUCCCAGAGGGAUUCGUCCCCCUUCACCCGGUCCCAGAGGGAUUCGUCCCCCCUUCACCCGGUCCCAGAGGGAUUCGUCCCCCUUCACCCGGUCCCAGAGGGGAUUCGUCCCCCCUUCACCCGGUCCCAGAGGGAUUCGUCCCCCUUCACCCGGUCCCAGAGGGAUUCGUCCCCCUUCACCCGGUCCCAGAGGGAUUCGUCCCCCCUUCACCCGGUCCCAGAGGGGAUUCGUCCCCCCUUCACCCGGUCCCAGAGGGGAUUCGUCCCCCCUUCACCCGGUCCCAGAGGGAUUCGUCCCCCUUCACCCGGUCCCAGAGGGACUCGUCCCGCCCUUCACCCGGUCCCAGAGGGGAUUCGUCCCCCCUUCACCCGGUCCCAGAGGGGAUUCGUCCCCCCUUCACCCGGUCCCAGAGGGGAUUCGUCCCGCCCUUCACCCGGUCCCAGAGGGGAUUCGUCCCGCCCUUCACCCGGUCCCAGAGGGAUUCGUCCCGCCCUUCCCCAGGAGUAUGUUGGGACGGCUGCACACUGCCAAGAUUUCCUAUUACAGCUCAACCUCUAUGCCGUGUGGGGAGAAGGAGAUGCUGCACUGGACAAUUUUGAGGAUUUCUUCCAUCUGAGACAGGGGGCGAGGAGCGUCCAGGAGUUCGCCAUGGAUUUUCAGACCCACCGGCGCGGGAUGGAACGAUAG